AUGAUGAAAAUGACGAAAGCACUCUCACUCAUAGUUCUUUGCUUCUUUUACGGGUUAGUAUUCUCUGCCCCUCCAGAAUCGUGUGAACCAAACGUUUCUGGAUUAUCCCCUGGUUUUACGGCAACAUUCUAUCCUUAUGAAAAUUAUUAUAUUGAUUCAGGUUACGUAUGGGGAUUAAACUAUUUUAAUACUUCAGAUAUUGAUUAUUUAAUUUCUGGUUAUAAGAAUACCAAAGUAUUGGGUACAGAAGAAGGUAUUACUGAUCCUUCAUUCUCAGUAGGGUAUUUUCCAAAUGGUAGUCUUUCUGUAGAUGGUGGUAAAGUAGUCUAUUCGGACAUUUAUGGGUUUUAUAUUUCGUUUACAAAUUUUACUGUUGAAUUAACAGGUUAUUUCCUUGCUCCUGAAACUGGAUACUACAACUUUUAUCUUGAAGCAGAUAAUGCUGCACUUCUUACGGUUGGUGCUGGUGUGGCAUUUGAAUGUUGUAACACAGAAGAAAUAUCAAAUGAUGGAAAUUUCACAGUUUUUGUUGCAGAAGUAGUCGGGCAAUAUUUACCUCUUCUGACAUCGGAGACAGAAUAUUUAACAGCAGGAUUCUACUACCCUAUGAGAGUUGUGAUGACAAAUUGUGCUGGAGCAGGAUAUCUAGAUUUUGUUAUUAACACUCCCAGUGGUCAAAACAUUACUGACUUUUACAGUUCAAUAUAUACUGCUCCAAAUGAAGAUGAUUCCUGUCCACAGCAUAAUAUAACCACAAUUACCACAGAAUGGACUGGAAGUUUCACAUCGACCUAUACAACUGAGAUCAAUUCUGCUAUCAGUGGGACGGAUACAGUCAUUGUUGAAAUACCUCACGACACCACUACAAUUACUACAGGGUGGACCGGUAGUUAUACAUCAACCUAUACCACUGAAAUUAAUUCCGACCCUAGUGGUACCGAUACAGUCAUUGUUGAGGUUCCUCAUGAAACCACUACUAUUACUACUGAAUGGACAGGUUCUUACACUUCAACAUAUACCACUGAAAUCGAUUCUGCACCUGGUGGAACUGAUACAGUCAUUGUUGAAGUUCCUCAUGAAACCACUACUAUUACUACUGAAUGGACAGGUUCAUACACUUCAACAGAUACCACUGAAAUCGAUUCUGCACCUGGUGGAACUGAUACAGUCAUUGUUGAGGUUCCUCAAGGUACCACUACUAUUACUACUGAAUGGACAGGUUCUUACACUUCAACUUACACCACUGAAAUCGAUUCUGCACCUGGUGGAACUGAUACUGUUAUUGUUGAGGUUCCUCAUGAAACCACCACCAUUACGACAGAUUGGACUGGAAGUUAUACAUCGACGUAUACCACUGAAAUUGAUUCUGCACCUGGUGGAACUGAUACUGUUAUCGUUGAGGUUCCUCAUGAAACCACUACUAUUACUACUGAAUGGACUGGAAGUUAUACAUCGACGUAUACCACUGAAAUUGAUUCUGCACCUGGUGGAACUGAUACUGUUAUCGUUGAGGUUCCUCAUGAAACCACUACUAUUACUACUGAAUGGACAGGUUCUUACACUUCAACAUAUACCACUGAAAUUGAUUCUGCACCUGGUGGAACUGAUACUGUUAUUGUUGAAGUUCCUCAUGGUACCACCACCAUUACUACUGAAUGGGCAGGUUCCUACACUUCAACAUAUACCACUGAAAUCGAUUCUGCACCUGGUGGAACUGAUACAGUCAUUGUUGAGGUUCCUCAAGGUACCACUACUAUUACUACUGAAUGGGCAGGUUCCUACACUUCAACAUAUACCACUGAAAUCGAUUCUGCACCUGGUGGCACUGAUACUGUUAUUGUUGAGGUUCCUCAUGAAACCACUACUAUUACUACUGAAUGGACUGGAAGUUAUACAUCGACGUAUACCACUGAAAUCGAUUCUGCACCUGGUGGAACUGAUACUGUUAUCGUUGAAGUUCCUCAUGAAACCACUACUAUUACUACUGAAUGGACUGGAAGUUAUACAUCGACGUAUACCACUGAAAUUGAUUCUGCACCUGGUGGAACUGAUACUGUUAUUGUUGAGGUUCCUCAUGAAACCACUACUAUUACUACUGAAUGGACAGGUUCUUACACUUCAACUUACACCACUGAAAUCGAUUCUGCACCUGGUGGAACUGAUACUGUUAUUGUUGAGGUUCCUCAUGAAACCACUACUAUUACUACUGAAUGGACUGGAAGUUAUACAUCGACGUAUACCACUGAAAUUGAUUCUGCACCUGGUGGAACUGAUACUGUUAUUGUUGAGGUUCCUCAUGAAACCACUACUAUUACUACUGAAUGGACUGGAAGUUAUACAUCGACGUAUACCACUGAAAU